UUAGAUUGCCGCCGAUUUAAGUAAUCUGUUGCAUAAUAAAUCAUGCACAAAAGCAGUGCAAAAUUGAAAUACAUACCAAAACAUGGGCAACUAACGAAGAAAGCAAUAACAGUUUCAACCAAUAAACAGCCGCUAUUCAAAUUUAGCAUAAUUUAAUUACUCACUCAAUCAUAAUAAUUAAAAGAAUUGCGUUUAUGUGAACUGUAUGAUAACGUAUUAUGUAUUAAAGCAGAAAUUCUUAACCUCCCGAUAAUUAAUACCCAAUUGCAUCGCAUCACAUCUUGGAUAAGCAAUCAAUUUUAUUAGGGUUAACCAACCCAUUAAAACGCGAUGAGAUUUCGCAUCUUAUUUUAUGAUUUAAUAUACAGAAUAAAUUUACUAGUCUGUAGUAUUAUAGUAGCGGACACCUAGAUUUUGAAAUUAUGGAAAAGAUAAUCACUGCAAUUGAUUAAUCUAAUCUCUAGCUUGUAUCAUAAGUUAAUUCAAAUAGUCAGAAUGGCUAUCUUAUAGCAGUACAUUUUCGAGGACUCUUACUUAAAAUAGUGAAAUAUGGAAGAGUGCUCCCAUUACAAAAAUAGGAAUCGGAAUCCCAGGGACAAUGCUAACUUGUUAUCUUUUUUGGGAUUUAUCUACACGUUACCCAUAUUUUCACAAGGAUACAGAAAAAGGAUAACUGAAGAUGACAUAUACGAAACAUUUUCUGCUCACAAAUCAACAAACUUAGGCGAAAGAUCAAUAAAAUUGUGGGAACGAGAAAUUCAACGCUCGUCCAAAACAAAUUCGCAACCCUCACUCAAGAGGGUGUUUAUGAAACUAUUACUUCGUGAUUACCUAUUAAUUGGUGUGGGCGUCGCCAUUUGUGAACUAAUUAUCAGGCCAUCGCAAGUUUUCCUCCUUGGAGAGCUGAUUAUGUGCUAUUCCAAAGAUGGAGAAGACCGGAAACCAAUUCAGUAUGCGAUGGGUAUUGUUGCACUUUCGAUUACGCUGACUCUCGUCUCGUAUCCUCUGAUAAUGGAAUGCUAUCACUUGGCACUCAAAAUCAGGGUGAUCUGCUGCAGUCUGAUUUACCGCAAGACUUUGAGACUCACAAAAACAGCGCUCACUGAAACGACUCCGGGAAAAAUUAUCAACCUAAUAUCAAAUGAUGUAGCUGUAUUUGAUCGAAUAAUAUAUUCCUCGAUGUAUUUAUGGGCAGCUCCGAUUCAGACCAUUAUUCUUGCAUCCAUAAUGUAUAAAGAAGUGGGGACAUCUUCGUUAUUUGGAGUUGCGAUUUCACUAUUCUUUGUUCCGUUUUAUUAUGCAUCAGGAAAAGCGGCAUCCAUCCUCCGCCUCAAAACGUCAAUGAAAACCGAUCAGCGUUUACGUUUGAUGAAUGAAAUAAUCCAAGGAAUACGUGUGAUAAAGAUGUACGCCUGGGAAGUUCCUUUCUCUAAAACGAUCGGCAAAAUCCGAAACCUGGAGCUUCAUUCUCUAAAAUUGGGACUGUACAUUAAAAGCUGCAAUUUAGCAUAUCCAGUCAUAAACGCCUUCAGUCUAUUUGCAGUACUAACGGUAGCCAUACUUUUAAACCAAACUUUAACUGCAAGAACGAUAUUUAUGCUGACUGCUUUUUUUUUCUAUAUCGGUCUUGGUUUGAACUAUUAUCUACCAGUCGGUAUGGUAUUUUUGCACGAACUUUUCGUGGCAUUCCGCCGCAUCACGGAUUUUUUGCUAUGUGACGAUAUUUUAGAAAAGGCAGUAUUCUCCUCAAAAACUACUACUGCAAUAUCAAUCCAAAAUUGCACGACAAAACGGGAUAAAUCUUCCCCAAGUAAUACCUUCGAUAAUAUAAACCUGGACAUACAGUUGCAAAAUUUAACUGCAAUAAUUGGUUCUGUUGGAAGCGGUAAGACGAGCUUACUGCACACCAUCUUAGGAGAAAUUUUACCGACUACCGGAGAGGUAGUCGUUAACGGAAGUCUUAGCUACGCAUCCCAAGAGCCUUGGAUAUUUUCAUCCACGAUACGACAAAAUAUUCUGUUCGGUAGAGAAAUAAAUGAGGAGCGUUACAAUAGCGUAAUCAGAUGUUGUGCCCUGGAAACGGACCUCAAACUUCUACCCUAUGGAGACAAAACCACAGUUGGUGAGAAAGGGGCUUCUUUGAGCGGAGGGCAAAAAGCGAGAAUCAGUUUAGCGCGAGCCAUAUACAAGGAGGCAGAUAUUUACUUACUAGACGACCCACUUUCUGCUGUUGAUGCAAAAGUGGGCAAACAAAUUUUUGAACAAUGCAUUCAACAGUUUCUUUACGAUAAGACUGUCGUACUGGUUACACACCAAUUGCAAUACCUCGCGCAUGUAAAUUAUAUUGUGGCCCUACACGGUGGGGAAAUUACUGCGAAGGGAACUAAAGCAGAUCUUGAAGGUUCAGGAUUUGAUUUUGUAAAAUACUUGCCGGGCACUAACGACGAAUUAGAAACCGGAAACCAUGCGCUUACAUCAAAAUCAGUUCAGGGCGGUUAUACAGAACAAAAAAAGGAACCAGCCGGAAAAUUUACUGGAAUAAAGCAUGUCGAAUUUGAUACUUACAAGAGAUACUUUCUUGCGUCCAAGAGCUAUGCGCUUCUGGUAUCUACUGUCUUAUUAUAUAUUUUAGUACAGUUAUGUACAACUGGUUCUUAUUACUAUUUGGCGCAUUGGGUAAAUACAGAAGAGGGAAGAAACUUUAUGACUUCCAAAGAAGAUCGCAAUGUUUAUUUCUACACCUACAGCAGUAUCAUCGUGUUCGCCAUCGUAUUUACAUUUUUUAGAUCGUUUUGUUUUGUUAAUCUGGCAAGAAACUCAUCGCACGUACUGCACGGGACAAUGUUCCACAAUGUUGCACACGCCACAAUUGAUUUCUUCAGUUUAAAUUCUUCGGGUGUCAUUUUGAAUCGAUUUGCGAAGGAUAUGGCUAUUACCGAUGACAUUUUGGCAUUUUCCAUUAUGAACGCUGCGCGUAUGCUUAUAAGUGUGGUGGCUAUCUUUGUCGUAGUUUCCGUUGUUAACCCUCUAUUUCUAAUACCAUCCGUGUGUGUGGUGGCAAUAUUGCAUCAACUGAGAAAAUUCUACCUAGCAACCCAUCUUAACGUACUGAGAGUGGAAGGUCAAGUGCGUGGACCUCUUUACGGCCACGUCAACGCCUCGUUGCAGGGUCUCACCACCAUACGAGCGAUGGGAAACCAGAAAUUGCUACAACAGGAAUUCUACCAUCUCCAAGACACUCACAGCAGCGCUUUCUUUACAAGCAUAAUGACGUCAUCAGCAUUUUCUUGUUGGUUAGACCUAAUCGUUAUAGCAUUCAUUGCUGUACUGGCCAUCUACUACUCAUUCAACUCAGAAUCCUACGGGGGCAACGUUGGAUUGGUAAUAUCGCAAGCCAUGCAACUGACCGGUCAGCUAGCGUUUGGAGUAAAGCAAAUAACAGACGUCGAAAGUUUCAUGAUAUCAAUAGAACGAAUUUUAGAAUAUAACUCAAUUAAAAAAGAAACUAGGACUGCAAUUGAAAAUCUGCCGCCCACGUGGCCUGAUAGGGGAGAAAUAAAAUUUGAAAAUGUCAACUUGAGGUACGCUCAGAAUUCGCCGUAUGUCUUGAAAGACGUCAAUCUCUGCAUACGCCCACUAGAAAAGAUAGGAAUUGUAGGUAGAACUGGUGCGGGUAAAUCGUCGCUAAUAUCCGCUUUGUUCCAACUUGUCGAAAUUGAAGGAUCGAUAUGUAUUGACGGCGUGAAUAUACGAAAUAUAGGCUUACAACAGUUACGAGCGAAAAUAUCCAUUAUUCCUCAAGAUCCUGUUUUAUUCUCUGGGAGCAUGAGAUUCAAUCUGGACCCGUUUGAGGAGUACGCUGAUGAAGUACUUUGGAAAGCUUUAGAAGAUGUACAACUGAAGCAUGUUAUCGGCAAUUUAAAAUCUGAAAUUACAAUGGACGGAUCCAACUUCAGUGUGGGACAACGACAAUUGAUUUGUUUAGCUCGCGCGAUUGUACGAAAUAACAAAAUAUUAGUUUUGGACGAGGCUACAGCCAACGUCGAUAACGAAACUGAUGCAGUUAUUCAAAAAAUAAUUCGUAGUAAAUUUGGACACUGCACUGUACUUACUGUCGCUCAUAGAUUAAAUACUAUAAUGGAUUCCGAUAGAGUUUUAGUGAUGAAUGAUGGAGCGGUAGUUGAAUUUGAGCAUCCCCAUGUGUUGUUGCAGAAUAAAGACGGCCCAUUUUACAGCUUGGUACAACAAACCGAAAGGACGAUGACCCAAUCUCUCGGCGAAAUUGCCACAGAGGGUUACAACAGACUCAAAGGAAGAAUGGAUUAAUUUUUAUUUAUACCUGUAAAACCCCAUACAUUUGCAGUGGUUUUAAUAAUAAAAACUUAAAUUGCCAUUCUGUUUACUGCUCAAACUUUUCUCUACACAAGUUACCUACCACCAGGAAUGUGGUCAACUGACUAAAUACUGUCCCCCUAGGAUCUGAAGAAUAAAUCCGGGCGACUUGGACUUUCAAAACAUUGCCUAUUACCAUUUAAUUUAAGAGUAUUUUUAUCUUGAGCCCUAUUUGCGGCUUAUCCCGUUAGCGUUAGGGACUUGUUCCCUUGUCUAAGGUUGGGGACCACAAAGCUAGUGUCCACAUGGUUCAAAACCGUGUAGUAGGUUCCCAGAAACCGCCCUUGCGUGUAAAUUUAUAGAAAAAGUUGUCGACAUAUAUCAUAAUUGUGCAUUAUUUCCCCCUAUUGUGAAAUAAUACAAAUGAGAUGUUUUUAAGAUAAAAAUGUAUCUUAACAAUUAUAAUUUCUAUAGCACGACUAAGCAUUGCAGGAUUGCAGGGUUCUCGACAUUCCAAAU